AUGGCCCUUUGGCCAUUCCGGCGACGGAGUAGCCGUAAGCGCUCCCGCAGCGGCGCUGCUUUCUCGGAUGCAGAAGGCGCGUCGCUGCCUCAUAACGAAGGGGCCAAAGCUGGAUUAAAGAAACGACGUACCGAACCACCCAAGCUUCCACAAGCGACCCGGACCUACAGUUUCUCCCCGGGACGCCAGGAUGACAUUCGCAACGAACGAGACCGGCCUGGCUCACCAGCCCGUGAACGAACCGGCCGAUCGAGAACUACUGGUAACCCUGAAGAACGUCCUGGACUUUGGGACCGAACACCCACGCUUCGCCCUACACACCAACCAUCAAGAAAACAGACGAUAAAGAGGAGGAAAGAGAGAGAAGCCGAGAUCAAGGCAAUGAGCAACUUCAUGCCAGUUCGACCGGCUACCGAGCAAUGGAAUUCAGGCAGGCCCAUGAAGAAGGAUUCCAAGAGAUCAAGGACUGGCGGAUUCGGAAGGCAUCGAGCUGGACGCGACUCCGACGUUUCCCUUCCUGCGCCCGGCUCCAUACAUUCUAGCCUGUCUUCCGAUUCCGAGUUUGGCUCAUACAGAGUUUCUGCUCUUGCAGCUCUCGCACCACGACCGACACUUCGCUAUACACCAAACGCACGAUGGACCACCCCUCAUUUACCUCAACCUCAUAGAGCUGGAUCUUUGAGGAAAAAGCUCCUCGAGCAAGACUCCAUCCCGGAAGAAACCAUGAGGUCACAUAAGCGAAUUGAUUCUCUUGCUGAUGACCUCGACGCCCGCGAUCUCAGGGAACUCAUGGAGAUUGAUAACCGACGACGAGAGCUAAAGAGACAAAAGGAGAGACAAAGGAUGGAGCGACGAAUUACACAACGAGCACAACAACAGCGAGCAGAGGAGAUACAGGCGAAGAAAGCAGGUACUCCCCCACCAGAAAACCUUGAGAGAGGAGUUAUGGGUCGCGAACUGGUAGGCUUGGGGAUUGAGCCUGCUUCGGCUGUUGUUAUUGACACAAAGCCUGAAGAGCCAGAGCCCAUGGAUAUUACCGAUGACGAGAAAGUAAUUGAGUCUCCUAAGAAGGUCGAGGAGGCCUUCCACCGUACAGAUACAGCCGCCUCUGAACAGCCAGCACCCAUGGAAGAAGUUCUUACAAAGGAUACCUCAUCCAUGCGACAGCCUUCUGAGGAUAUGGGGAGCGGUUCGCCCGGAACCCGCUUUUCAGAUCUUCUGCGAUCAGCUAAAUCCCGAUCCAGGUCGACUAUAAGAUCUGAUCGAGACAGGAUGGUAUCACCCCCUCCUGAGACAAUUGACGAGGAGGAUGUCCAUGUACCAAGACAACAUUCUCAUAGUUCUGAUGGCAGCAAGAACGGCUUUGCUUCUAUUAAAGCGUUCCUGAGAAUUGGAAGCAAACGACAACGACAUGAAGGACCGUCGUCCUUCUCUAAUACCUCCCGGGAGGAGAUGUCAGCUGCUGCUGCCCAAUCAAGAGCACAGGCGCAAGCAUACGCCCUCGCUAAGCUCGAGGGUGAAGACUUGACCAACUCUUCGAAUGUCAACUACCUAUCUCGCAAGCCUUCUACUGGCGCCCCCAAGAGGACGAGGUCUCGCUUCCGGGAAGACCUGCCUGAACUACCUCUCUCGCCGCCACCUUCACGCGUGCAGUCACCUGAGGCAGAACCUCCAAUGCCUGUUCUCACCGAACAAAAGAUUCGUGAAAUAGAACAGCUACGAUCGAUGGGCGUGCGCUAUGACACGCCAACAUCGGGGCAUCGUUCCGUCGAAGCCAUGCGCCACACUCCUUCUACAAUGGAACGAACCCACGUUUCUCCAUCUCCCGAGGCCGGCAUGUCCAUGUCACUUGCUUCGAUUGACUCCGAGGGCUCUUGGCUUUCUGGUAACACCAGUGGUCGAAGAGCCGCCAUACGAGAUAGCAUUCGACGUGCAAACCAGCGCGAGCAAACCGACGCCAAUGCUACUUCCCCAACAAGCAGCACGGACGAGGACCUUGAGAUUGUGGAAGAUGAAUAUCUGACCAAGCUCACCCCCCGAAGUAAUCCGAAUCCUGAAGCCAUGGGUCGUCGCUCCGGUGAAGGACGUCCCAGCAGCGAUGAGGAAGAGAUUGUCAACGAUGGAGAGAUGAAGUGGGGUGCCGUUGGUUCUCAGCCACAAGUCAUACACAGGUGGACUAUGAAGAGCCACGAGGGUCUCCUUGAGAUUGAAUCUGAAGAAGAAGAGAGCCCAACAUCACCAGUUUCCCCAUCACAAGAACUUGCCAACGUCCGGAGCGCUAGAAGCGUUAACCUUGGCAAGGGCCAUGUACGCAACUUUAGUGCUGGAAGUGCUAAGCUGCUCGACAUCACUCCUCGGGCCUCUGUAGAUGCCACAGGGAGUUUGGAGAGACGGCGAAGCCACGUCCUACCAGCCAUGUGA